AGAUUUAUUUAUUAUUUAAUAGGGUGUGUACUGUGUAAAUUAUACCUAUUUACUGCGGAAUUAGUAAGCAUUUUUACCAGUUGGAAAUUUAAAAUAUUGUUGAAAUACAAUGGCUGAAACUAAAGAGAAUGUUUUUUUGUUUGUUCCAAAUAUUAUAGGAUAUGGUCGAAUAAUUCUUGCCUUGUUAUCAUUUUAUUAUAUGUCUACACAUUGUGCAUUAGCUGUUACCUGCUAUAUAGUAUCGGCUCUCCUUGAUGCAAUUGAUGGUCAUGCAGCACGGUACUUUAAUCAGAGUACUAAAUUUGGUAGUAUGUUGGAUCAACUUACUGAUAGGGCUGGUACAGCUGCUCUUAUGAUGACAUUGGCUACAUUUUAUCCUAAAUACACCUUUUGGUUUCAAAUAUCUAUGAUAAUAGAUAUCUGUUGCCAUUGGCUGUAUUUGCAUUCAACAAUAUUGCAAGGAAAGACUUCCCACAAGUUUAUAGAUAUGUCAGAAAACCCUGUUAUGCAUUUAUACUACACUAACAAAACCAUUCUCUUCUUAAUGUGUGCUGGAAAUGAAGCUUUCUAUGCAGCGUUGUAUGUCAGCAAUUUCUACACCGGCUUUACAAUCUUGGGUCUGGGAAUUUUUCCUUUGAUUGCUAUAUUGUCAGCCCCUGUAGCUUUGGUAAAGACAUUAAUCUCUGUACUUCAUGGGAUUGUUGCAUCUAUUAAUUUGGCUACCAUUGAUCUAAAAGAGAGAGCAGCCAUAUCUGCCAAACAAAGUAAUUAAACGGAUCUUUAUCUGGAGUAACAAUUAUGACCAAAUAUUUUCAUCAUUUUCACAAGUAACAAAAAUAUUAAUAUAUGCUUUGUUUUAUAUGAAUUAAGGAAUGCAAUUUUUUGUACUUCACCUUAAUGUUUUGUUACAUUUUUAUUGUUUGUAUCUCAAUAGUUUAAGUAGCUAGUCACUUAAUUUUGUGAUAAUUUAAGCAUUUAAUUUAGAUUAUUUUUAUUGACUAUAAAAAUAUUUAUUCAUUUUUGUGUUAGAACUAAUAAUUAAGAUGAUUUGUGUCACACAGUAGUUUGUACUUAUUAAUGACAAUCAGUGGUUGGAUUGCCACAAAGUAUAAGGAUAACAUUUCUUUGGGUGAAGACAGAACUGCAAGUAAUUUUUGAUAGGGUAAAGAAUCUUAGAAAUUAUCAUUUAGUGAAUAUAUUAGUGGUGUUGUUCAGACUUUCCAGUUUAAUUUUUUGUGGUUUAAUUUGGUCUAAAAUAUGUAAUAAUAAUUAAUCUUAAAAUAAAUCAUUUAUUAAAUGUUGUAGCUAGGUACAUGAUCAAUGUUUAUGGUUUAAAGUACAUACUGAUUUGUAAAAGUGUACAAUAAAUAAUUAUUUGUCUACAACUGUAUGUGGCUUUAUUCUGAAGAACAUUUCAAAAUUAGCCUGUAUAAUAAUACUGACUUCAUGUAAUUAGCCAUUAAUUAGAAUAACUUAUUUUAAUCAA